AUGGCUAGUAAUGUAAAGUUUAAUAGAGUUACACACAGGAGAGUUGCCCUUCUAUUCGACAACGUUGUACAGUCUGCCCUGGUUCUGUAUUUUUACAUAGCCUAUGUUUUGGUAAAACUAUUGAGUGUUAGGUUUAAUGUUUAUAAACUUGCGAGAAGGUGUUUGUUUGUCAAAGCAUUGGGAGUUAAACAGUCUUCUCUUGUAUUAUUAUUAUUUUUAUUUCAGUUUUCUGUAGUCACAUGUUCUAUAUUGUUAUUUAUUAACAAUUAUUUAUCACAUGGAGCCACAUUGUCCAAAUUUAUGUUGGAUAAUACCAACAUGAAAGGUAAAGUUGCUCUAGUCACAGGAGGAUAUAGUGGCAUUGGAUACGAGACUGUUUUACAAUUGUUGAAAUGGAAUUGUAAAGUGGUGAUUUGUGGAAGGAAUAAGACUAAAGCAACCAAUGCGAUUGAAAAAUUGAAAUCAACCAACUCAUUUGAUCCCAACAACUUAUCGUUCAUUGAGAUGGAUUUGGAUAACCUAUUGUCAGUUAAAAAAGCAGCUGAAUUGUUUGAAAAAACAUUUGAUAGAUUGGAUUUCUUAAUCAAUAAUGCUGGAAUUUGGUCAUCCAAGUUAACAUUGACCAGUUUUAACCUGGAAUCACAGUUUUCCUCUAACUUCCUUGGUCAUUUUUACUUGACUCAACUUUUAUUGCACUUGGUUAAAAAAGUAGGAGGGAGAAUAUUGAAUGUUUCCAGCAUUGCGCACUUUAAAUACAACCCGAAUACAGAUCCUAUAUUUGAAAACAAGUCUACCACGUCGCUCAACGAGACGUUUAACAACUCCUAUUACGGAAGGUCUAAACUAUACAAUGUUUGGUUCACGAACGCGUUGCAAAGAAGGCUCAACGUGGAUGCCAAGAACGUUGUGUGUGUAAGUUUGGCCCCUGGAGUUGUAAACACUCCACUUCUGUGGCCUUUGGCAAGAAUACAUUUUUAUUUGGUCCCCAAAUAUGUCAAUCUCCUAGUAGUUAAGAGACCAGUGGAUGGAGCAGCCAACACACUAUUUCUGUGUGCAACCGAUGCUAAGAAUUUGUUACCGGGAGGGUACUACGAUAACAUGAGGUUGGCGUUUGUCAGCAAAUAUGCACAUGACCAUCAAAGGGAGGAAAAACUCUACAAUCUUGGGGAGGAACUUGUAAAAAAACUCGCAAACUAA